AUGCUAGUAGUGGGGACACGGGGUUCUAGUUGCCUCCAUUCUUUUGGUACUGCUACCUCGUUGGUCCUGCCUUGUUCAUCUAAGGCUUUUAGCUGCCAAUUGCUUGGGCAUUUGCACCAAAGCCUCCACUUUGGUAACCUGACGGAGGGAAUUGGGGGUAUUGAUUCUUCUUGUGCCCUAACUACUGGCAAUGAUAGCAUUGAAUCUAUCCCACCGACUUUUGCUGAAAACUUCUUCUUUGAUUCUAUUGUUGCAGUUGUGGUAGUUGUUGUUAUGGUGGUGGUUUGGAGUAAGGUGGUGGUGGGUGGGUGGCUGGGUGGAUGGUACCCAUUAACUCCUAAAGGACAGGAACAGAUCCCAUGGUUUCUUCGGAGGUGGAUAACUCCUCGUGAACCUCCUGACAGACAUGUGGUCCUCACUGUGGGAGCUCUUCAUCAGGCUGACUCUACCGCUUUACAGGUUGCUGCUUGUGCCUGGCAUGAUGAGUUGGCUCCUUUGCUGAAACCCUUGCUCGUGGUUAACAUUGGAGGGCCUACAAAACAUUGUCAAUAUGGUGCAGACCUUGCAAAACAGUUGACAGCAUCCCUGAAGAAUGUUCGUUGGAGUUUUGGAAGCCUCAGAAUAUCUUUCUCGAGAAGAACUCCACAGGAGGUAUCUGAUAUCUUAGAGAAGGAAUUUAGUUAUCAUCCUAAAGUUUACAUUUGGGAUGGCAAAGAUCCAAAUCCUCACAUGGGGCAUCUCGCUUGGGCCGAUGCUUUCAUAAUCACAGCUGAUUCAGUUAGUAUGUUGAGUGAGGCUUGCAGUACUGGAAAGCCUGUUUAUGUUAUUGGAGCAGAGCGAUGUACAUGGAAGUUUGCGGAGUUCCACAAAUCUCUGCAGGAACGAGGAGUGGUGCGACCAUUCACGGGUAAAGAAGAUAUAUCAGAAAGAUGGAGCUGUCCUCCACUGAAUGACACUGCAGAGGCAUCUUUCCGGGUGAUUGAAGCACUUUCUGAGCAUGGAUGGAGAUUGGAACCUUGAUAAGUCGGUUCCACUUCAGGUCUAUACGGUGUUUGAAACUACUCCCUUUGUCUCAUUUUAAGUUUGUAAG